AUGAAUGCUGACUUCUCCGGCCCCGCUGAAUCCACCACCUUUCCUCUGGGCUCCUUUAUCCCGAUCAUGGCUAGCGUGGCGCAGGAGACCCAUCAGCCCUUGCUGCUGUUUCUUGAGGAAUGCGUAGCGGCUACCACACCGGAGCUGCAGCCUGGAAGCACUUUGUACCCGAUAAUCGCCAAUGAGGGAUGUCUUGUGGACAGUCUGGUAUCGCGCUCCAAAUUCGAACCAAGGCAAAAAUCCUCUGAGCUCCGCCUUUCCCUUCAAGCCUUUAGGUUUGGUCUCGGCGAAGAGGUGUUUAUCCACUGUAAACUUGUGGCUUGGGAUCCCAACGGUCAGGACAACAGCAAGAAGGCCUGUCACUAUGACAACGAGCAUGGCUGGGAGCAGUUGGACAACUCUGCAUCCCGCUAUCUCUGUGCCUGCUGUGACUCUGACUGCAAGUCCAGGAGGGGAAGCGUGGUAUGGCACAAAAAGCUGUCCUUGGGCCACUGA